UGCCGUCACAAGUGAUUUUGACGUCAGAACUGAAUCAUGUACAGCUCGAACAUUACCGAAAGAGCAAAAAAGAACUUUUACGAAUCAUUCGGACGAACCGAGGAAAGGGUGGACGAUGACGUCAACACAAUCAAAGAGUGGAUGAAAUCGCAGCCGCACCUUCCAGAAUUAAUCGAGAACGUCAAAAUCAAAAACUUCCUCAACUUAAAUAAAUUCAGCUUGGAGAAAACGAAAGAGAAGAUUGACAUGUACUACACCAUUCGUUCCAUAAUUCCGGAAUUUUUCCAAGAGAGUAACCCCAAAUCUGAGCUUAUACAACGAGUGUUUCGUGAAAUGUACCUGGCGGUGUUCCCGGUUCCUGUAGACGACCACAGUCGGGUUUAUUUAGCAAAGGGAAAGCACAUGGGUUCCACGAACCCACCAGAGUUGACAAGUCUUUGGUACGACGUUUACGAAGUGAGACUGUACGAAGACUUCAUGGUCGACGACAUUCUCGUUUUUGACGUGAGCACUUUCACUGUGAACGACACCAAAAAGCUCACCCCGAUUUUUCUCUCCAAGUUUUUCAAUAUUUACAAGAAAGUGUAUUCGAUUCGGAUGAAGAAGAUGAUUUGCAUUAAUUGUCCCACUUUCUUUUCGGUUGUUGGUACUGUCAUAAAAACUGUUCUUCCAGCUAAACUUUUUGACAGGGUGGAGUUCUGUCCAGACGAUUCCGCUUUGAAGAAGUUAUUGCCGAAAGAAGUACUACCGAAGGACUAUGGAGGCGAAGGACCCUCACUGGAAGAGAUGAAUGAAAAGUUGAAAAUGAAGCUUUCCGAGUACCAAGAGCGGUUUGACAAGCUAGAUACGCUGAGAGUUGAUGAAAAACUUCGCCCGGAGAAGCUGAACAACGACGAAGUUUUGGGAUACUAUGGGAGUUUCAGGCAAAUCAGUGUGGACUUUACAGCCUUCGGCAUUUUAAUCAGUACUAAAAAUUAUUUUAACCUUGACCACACCAUUAAAACAGACAAGAUUACGAUUUAUUAUUUCUUAAAGAAAAACUUGUAUAACAGGAUGAAGUAUAAAUUUACAUAUAAAAUUAAGUACGCCGCGUUUGGCAUCACACAUGCUCUCAACUCUCUAACUUUAACCAUGUUCAGCUUGAAGAUAACUGACGAAGCGAAAAAAAACUUCUACGAAUCGUUUGGAAGAACCGAAGAAAGUGUGGACGAUGACGUCACCAUUAUCAAAGAGUGGAUGAAAACGCAGCCUCACCUCCCCGAACUAAUGGAGGACGUCAAAAUCAAAAACUUCCUCAGCUUAAACAAAUUCAGUCUGGAAAAAACUAAAGAGAAGAUCGACAUGUACUACACCAUCCGGGCCCUAAUUCCCGAUUUCUUCGCAGAGAGCAACCCCAAGUCCGACUUAAUCCGACGAGUCUUCGACCAAAUGUACAUGGCGAUUUUCCCGACUCUGGUCGAUGGGGUCACCCGUGUUUACCUAGCCAAAGGUAAGUCUCCCAGUUCCAUGCACCCCUUCGAACUCACCAACCUCUGGUACGACGUGUACGAACUCCGACUAUCCGAAGACUUCAUGAUCGACGAAAUCCUCAUUUUCGACGUGGACUCCUUCGCCCUCAACGACGUGAAGAAACUCACUCCGAUGUACAUGUCAAAAUUUUUCGCCGUUUAUAAGAAAGUCUACGCGAUUCGGAUGAAGAAACUCAUCAUCAUGAACUGCCCCAGCUUCUUUUCCGUUAUUGCGACGAUUUUAAAAGCAGUUUUGCCGCCUAAGCUGUUUGAGAGGGUGGAGUUUUGUCCGGAUGAUUCCGCUGUGAAGAGGUUGUUUCCGAAAAAGGUGCUUCCGAAAGAUUACGGGGGCGAAGGACCUAGUUUGGAAGAAAUGAACGAAAUGUUGAAGGCGAAGCUCGCUGAGCACCAAGACAGGUUUGACAAGUUGGACGCAAUGAGGGUCGAUGAAAGACUGCGUCCCGAGAAGCUCAGCAAUGAUGACAUUUUGGGGUACUACGGGAGUUUCAAGAAACUGGAUGUAGAUUAAGUAUGUUACAAGCUGUUAGGUGAUUAUUCCAUACUCAAAUAAAGUGUUGUUGAUGUUA